ACUCUGGUACACGCGGCAAAGCAGGUCCGAAAGGAGACAAAGGAGAGCAAGGAGAACGCGGUCUGCAAGGUCUACCUGGACCGGUUCCUACAAAGGACAUCGAGAAAUUGAAACAACUCGUCGGUAACUUGAUGAAGAACAUGUUGUCGAUACAGCAAAAGGUAGUUAAUAUCAACAACACGUUGGAGUCUGUAAAGUUGCAUGUUGCCUGGAAAGUUGUUAACGACAGCAAGACGCUGAAGUUGCCUAAUGGCAAUCGAGUCGAGACGACGUUCAGUAUAUCAGACUACGGUUACGAUUCAUCAAAAUAUGAAUUUUAUGAAGUGCAAGUGGAUGCCCAAACUGCUGGAGAUCUGAACCACAGUCCAGAAACUUUAGUAACGUACUUCAAUUCAAAUCAGAUUGACCAACCACGGAAUUAUGGCUUCAAGUCUCUUCGUCGAGUGCAUUCUUAUCCAAUUGAGAAGAAAGUGAGCGCUACUUCGUUUAAACUCGCGGCUCACACUGGGCAUGGGGUAGACAGUGGGUAUAUCAAAUUUACAUUAGUGAAAUUUCUAGUGGCACUAAAAUAGAUGUUCGAUCGAGUGACUUUCCUACGGAGACCAUUAGACGGUUGACGCUAUGUGAAUGAGUACACGUCAUGAAUAAAGUGUUAGACUAACUGACGUUUUGCC